AUGGGGACUAAGAGUGGUGACGAACACGCAAGCCCAAGAUCACCGGACACGACGACCUCCCUUGAAACUGAUAGCGACACCUACAACACUUCCGGGCCCACGUACCCCCAUUCAACGCCGUCCACGGGGAGGAAACCUUGGAGGGGAAUGGUGGCAGCGGUGGAAACACCACCCGGCAUUAGAUUUUCUGGCACCAUCAAGGCGAGCGCCGACGGAGCAGAGACACCAGAGGAGGACACUUGUCGAAAAAUCAGCAAUGACCGACAGCCAGGGCCAGUCUCACCCAAGAGGGGAGCAAGGAGCAUGGAGGCACACACCGAGAAAGGAAAGGGAUUGGAGGGGGUGGAGAGGACAGGGAGAGUUCAGAGUGGCGCUCAGAGUGCCGCGCCCGCUACGCCCAGCAGCUUGGGCCAGGCCUCAUGGGUUGAGGCAGGCAUGAGGGAGAGCAGUCCAGGGCAGGACCCCACCGUCCGCAGCUCUAGCGCGUGCGGCCGCGCCACGCUGCAGAGGUCCCCGCACGCAGCUUACAGGCGCGGGAACCUCCGUCGAAUCCCUAUGCGCCGCUGCCGGAAGCUGCAGCCCGACGCCGGCGACAGCAGCGGAGAGCUGGGGACUCGGCCACCGCAUCCAGGAAGCAGGCUUGCAUCGUGCCGUAGGAGACCGUCGGUGGCGGCGCGCUGUUGCCGAAUGCGGAUGCCAGGGGGGCGAAUCCGCUCCCCGGCCGUUGCCAUCCUUGCCUUCUCGGAUGCCACCGGCGCCAGGGUGAUGCACGCGCACACGCACGGCGCCGUGAAGCCUCUGCUUCGAGAUGAAGGCAGGACUGGAUGA